CCGCUCAAUGUGAAGUCUUCCGUGAUACUGCAAUCCCAUUAUUCUAUCUCAUUGCCACAUUGGCUUCCCAAGUUACUAUAGCCUUGAUUGUUAGGAAGUACCAUUUGGAUUUCUCUACAAAAUCCUCUAGGAUGCUUCCCUUCACUAGAAGCACCGCUUUGGGUGCUCGCAAUGUGCGUCCCAACCUUAUAGCUUAUAGCGCUCGAAUUCGACCGAUUGCUCUGCUGUCUACCUCAGCAACCAAAUCAGCGACAGCACUUGAGCAACAUGGGCAAUCUGGGCAGUCUCUUUCCGCAUCUGGCAAGAUAAGGAAGGAGGUUCCUCUCCCAAGUCAGGAAAAGAAAGAGGGUGCGAUGCAAUACGUCCUGACUACGCUCGAUCAAGUUGCUAAUUGGGCACGCCAAAGUUCCUUGUGGCCCAUGACAUUUGGGCUUGCCUGUUGCGCUAUUGAGAUGAUGCAUUUAUCUACACCGAGAUACGAUCAGGAUCGCCUUGGAAUCAUUUUCAGAGCGUCGCCCCGACAGUCAGAUGUGAUGAUCGUUGCUGGCACUUUGACAAACAAGAUGGCACCGGCUCUCAGACAAGUUUAUGAUCAGAUGCCGGAUCCCCGAUGGGUCAUCAGCAUGGGCAGCUGUGCAAAUGGCGGCGGCUACUACCACUAUAGUUACUCUGUUGUCCGUGGAUGUGAUCGAAUUGUCCCCGUUGACGUUUAUGUCCCAGGAUGCCCCCCUACCUCCGAGGCGCUCAUGUACGGAAUCUUCCAACUUCAGAAAAAGAUGAGACAUACCCGUAUCACACGCAUGUGGUAUCGUCGUUAGACGCGCUGUUCGAGCAGCUCUACUUUAUCAGCGGCCUGAAGACGCCUUAUCACUAUCAAGAUAUGCUACGCUGUUGCUUGUCAGUCCCAGAUACAGUACCAAAUAUUUUGACACUUCUAUCCUGUGCAUCUUCUGUAUCACUAUCGUUUAUCUUUUCUUGUUUCUAGUAUGUAUACCUGUCAAUGAUCUUCGUGAGUCCUUUCAACGGGUAUUACUAUAGACUGCAAUCUUGUCCAGUUUCUCCUUCCCUUAUAUUACCAGUAGUCAAUCUGUUGGCAACCUGGUACUGAAGGGCGUGUAUUGCAUAUGACUUGUCAAUGGAGACGCUAUACACAUGUUUUUCC